GCAGCCCCGACGCCGCGGCGGCGGGCGGGAGGUCCACACCGCGCACCCAGCUGGCGCCCGGAGCGCGGGGGCUCAUUGAUGUUGGUCAAAAGACAGAGAUUUUAUCUGUGAUAAACUGGUCAAAAAUGGCUGGGUUUUUAUUUGAAUAAGUCACUGAAGCCAUCCCGGAAAGCCUGCACCAGGUGCAUUCAGUAUAGUAUCUGAGACUAUUUCCACCCAGGAGAUCAAAAUGAUUCUCAACUCUUCUACCGAAGAUGGUAUUAAAAGAAUCCAAGAUGACUGUCCCAAGGCUGGAAGGCAUAAUUACAUAUUUGUCAUGAUUCCUACAUUAUACAGUAUUAUCUUUGUGGUGGGGAUCUUUGGCAACAGUUUGGUGGUGAUUGUCAUUUACUUUUACAUGAAACUCAAGACUGUGGCCAGUGUUUUUCUUUUGAAUUUGGCAUUGGCUGACUUAUGCUUUUUAUUGACUUUGCCACUAUGGGCUGUCUACACUGCUAUGGAAUACCGCUGGCCCUUUGGCAAUUAUCUCUGUAAGAUUGCUUCGGCCAGCGUCAGUUUCAACCUGUAUGCCAGCGUGUUUUUGCUCACGUGUCUCAGCAUCGAUCGCUACCUGGCCAUCGUUCACCCGAUGAAGUCCCGUCUUCGACGCACAAUGCUUGUAGCCAAAGUCACCUGCAUCGUGAUUUGGCUGCUGGCUGGCUUGGCCAGUUUGCCAGCUAUAAUCCACCGGAACGUAUUUUUCAUCGAGAACACCAAUAUCACGGUUUGUGCUUUCCAUUACGAGUCCCAAAAUUCGACCCUCCCCAUAGGGCUGGGACUGACCAAAAAUAUACUGGGUUUCUUGUUUCCUUUUCUGAUCAUUCUUACAAGUUACACUCUUAUUUGGAAGACCCUAAAGAAAGCUUAUGAAAUCCAGAAGAACAAGCCAAGAAAUGACGAUAUUUUUAAGAUAAUUAUGGCAAUUGUGCUAUUCUUUUUCUUCUCUUGGGUUCCCCACCAAAUAUUCACUUUUCUAGACGUGUUGAUUCAGCUGGGCAUCAUACAUGACUGUAAAAUUGCAGAUAUUGUGGACACUGCCAUGCCCAUAACCAUUUGCCUAGCUUAUUUUAACAAUUGCCUAAAUCCUCUGUUUUAUGGCUUUCUGGGGAAGAAAUUUAAAAAAUAUUUUCUGCAGCUUCUGAAGUACAUUCCCCCAAAGGCCAAAUCCCACUCAAGCCUAUCAACAAAAAUGAGCACGCUGUCCUACCGCCCCUCAGAUAAUGUAAGCUCCUCUACCAAGAAGCCUGCUCCAUGUUUUGAGGUCGAAUGACAUGUUUAAAACCUACCCAAGAACUAAACUUUGAAAGAAGGAGCAAGACACACAUUCCUCUGUGGCACUUCACUACCCAAUGAGCAUUAGCUGCUUCUCAGAAUUUAAGAAGAACAUGGAUUACGUGGACUGAACUGACUUUUCUAAAGCUCUGAACAAAAGCUUUUCUUUCCACUUCACGACAACACAACACAAAGCCACAUUUCGCAUCAGGUAGAGGAUGGCUGCUCAAAGAACGAUGUUAGAAACUGGAUGAAUGUAUUCAUUUGGAAACUUUUACUGGCGGCAAUCCAGAUUCCUCCAUC